AGUUACGCUGUAAGGAGGAGGAGUAGGGACAGAUAACUCUGAUGACUGAGGCGCACAAAUACAGACUGAUACAAACUUGACAACAAUGUACGAUAGAUGUGAUUUCCAUCCCGAUACAUUCAUUUCAUCAUGGAUGCAGAAUCUGAUGAAGUAAAGAAAUAUGUGGACAAGGUGUUCUCCGAGGAUCCAGAAAGGUUUGCUGAAUUUGAAGAAGACAUCAGAAGGAAGACGGAGCUGUGUAAGGGACAGGAGGAGAAGAUAGCGGCAUUGCCAAUGGAAGACACAAUCUGGUUUAUUAAAGAAAUGGAAACAGUAACACAAGAUGAUGGCAUCACAUACCGCUACCUGUGCAUGGUGGACCGGGCCGGGAUGGGGAUUGGCGUGACACACACGAAUGUGUCCAUCUGUUCCAUCUCACAACACAGCUAUGACCUCCUCUGUUUCUGUACACUGUUUCCCAUGACGAGACAGGCACGACGACCCAGGAUGGUCACAUAUAUGGACAAGGCUCUGGCAAAGGACAAUGCUUUAGAUGUGAAAAGACUUGGUAUUAAGUUUGUGUCUCCUGGCCUGAGUUCUGAACAUAUGACGGACAUAGAGACCCCCUGGAUGAGGGAGUGCAGUAUCUGUAGAAGGAGGGGCACGGCAGACCUCUUCAAGACAUGUUCUUCCUGCCAGGCAGUGAUCUACUGUAGUCGGGAUUGUCAGAAGAAAGGCUGGUCCUUGCAGGGCGAUAUGAAGGAACACAGUCAUAAAGUGUGGUGUGCCAAGAUGAAACACUUCAUGUCCAAGACAGCAGAACUCACCCGACUGCCCUUCACCUUCGCACCAGAGACAACAGCUUUCGCGUUCAACAUCAUCCGUUGUGAGAAGUUCCUGGAGGAGAGAGGUGUGUACAACCAGGGCCUGUGGCGGAGAGAAUGUACAACAUGGGCCACACCCGGACACUUCAUCCCGUUUGGUGAGCUUCCCCCAUGUGAUGACCCCGUAGUUCUGCCUGUGGAGAGCUGUACGCUGGACGACCCUCCUGCCAACACACCACCUGACCCUUCACAGCCAUUCACUGACUGGGAAUCAUACUACGAGUGGCGAGGACUCCGGCUAGACUCACCAGUAGCUGUACUGCUCAACUUCCCCCUCACCCUGUAUUACAUACUGACAACAUGUCUGCCUAGAGACUAUCCGGGUAUGAAGGUGUGUGCAGGAAGGCAGUAUGUCAUCGACCUGGUGGGUGUGGAGAAGGAGGUGGAGAUGCUGCAGAUCUUCAAGGAGUUUGGUCGGUUGCUACCAGACAUCAGGUUUAUGAUCAACAUGGUCGGAACAGAAAUAUCAAAGAGUGUGGAUUUGAAGACAUACAAAGAAGAGAAUGUGUCAGUUACGAUACACCGAUCACUCUAUCACAAGUACAAGGGACCACAUCCACAUCUAGUGCUAGGUUUUAAUGCAGGCGUGGGGGCAUACAUGACUUGGGCAGCUUCUCUCAAGAAAAUGAAGGUGAACAAUGUGGCCGCCUACUUCACCGACUACUGUCAGUACAGCUGUGACUGUGCCCGCCUCGCCAUGGAAGGAGUCAAGCUCGGAACAUGCACCACACCUGAGAUUAACCCGUUCCGCAGUCCAUUUCGCAAGGUGUGUGAAGAGAACAAUAUGCCAUGGUACAGCAAUGGCUUCAUCUACAGACUGGUGUAUGAGGACAUCUAGCUCCAUGAUGACGACCUGGCAUGGUACAGCAAAGGCUCCAUCUACAGACUGGUGUAUGAGGACAUCUAGCUCCAUGAUGACGGCCUGGCAUUGUACAGCAAAGGCUCCAUCUACAGACUGGUGUAUGAGGACAUCUAGCUUCAUGAUGACGGCCUGGCAUGGUACAAUAAUGGCUUCAUCUACAGACUGGUGUAUGAGGACAUUUAGCUCCAUGAUGACGGCCUGGCAUAGUACAGCAAAGGCUCCAUCUACAGACUGGUGUAUGAGGACAUCUAGCUCCAUGAUGACGGCCUGGCAUUGUACAGCAAAGGCUCCAUCUACAGACUUGUGUAUGAGGACAUCUAGCUCCAUGAUGACGGCCUGGCAUUGUACAGCAAAGGCUCCAUCUACAGACUGAUGUAAAAAGGCAUUUAGCACCUUAAUGAUGGCCUGGUAUAUCAAUGGCUUCAUCUACAGACUGGUGUAUGAGGACAUCUAGCUCCAUGAUGACGGCCUGGCAUUGUACAGCAAAGGCUCCAUCUACAGACUGGUGUAUGAGGACAUCUAGCUCCAUGAUGACGGCCUGGCAUGGUACAAUAAUGGCUUCAUCUACAGACUGGUGUAUGAGGACAUCUAGCUCCAUGAUGACGGCCUGGCAUUGUACAGCAAAGGCUCCAUCUACAGACUGGUGUAUGAGGACAUCUAGCUCCAUGAUGACGGCCUGGCAUGGUACAGCAAAGGCUCCAUCUACAGACUGGUGUAUGAGGACAUCUAGCUCCAUGAUGAUGGCCUGGCAUUGUACAAUAAUGGCUCCAUCUACAGACUGGUGUAAAAGGGCAUUUAGCACCUUAAUGAUGGCCUGGUAUAUCAAUGGCUCCAUCUACUGACUGGUGUAUGAGGAUAUCUAGCUCCUUGAUGAUGGCCUGGUAUAUCAAAGGCUCCAUCUACAGACUGGUGUAUGAGGAUAUCUAGCUCCUUGAUGAUGGCCUGGUAUAUCAAUGGCUCCAUCUACAGAUUGGUGUAUGAGGAUAUCUAGCUCAAUGAUGAUGGCCUGGUAUAUCAAUGGCUCCAUCUACAGACUGGUGUAUGAGGAUAUCUAGCUCCUUGAUGAUGGCCUGGUAUAUCAAUGGCUCCAUCUACAGAUUGGUGUAUGAGGAUAUCUAGCUCCUUGAUGAUGGCCUGGUAUAUCAAUGGCUUCAUCUACAGACUGCUGUAUGAGGGCAUCUUGCUCCAUGGUGUCCAAAGAUGUUUAUUGAGAUGAUGGUCUUCUUCAACAAACACAGAGACAGAAAGAUAUUCCAUAAAGUGCUUUCGUCUUCAUUAAUUUUCCUUUUUAGCAAUGUAGAUUUUUAGUAGGAUGCUUGUUUACUAUUAUUUAAAUCUUCUUGUCAGUUUAAGUCAAGUAUUGCUUGUGGAUCAGCCAAACAUUCUGGUAAUGAAUAUGAUAUGUGACUGAUCAGGUUUUUAUUUAUCAUAUCAUGUUUAACCUUACCUGACGCUACAGAGUGCUUUAGUUUCCCUACCUCAUACAAACAGA